ACAAGCGGCAGGGCGGCAAAGGGAGGGGCCCUCCUGGUCCCCAGGAGGCAGGGCAGGACCAGGGGCCCUGGGACCUGUGGGCAGGGGAAGCCAGGUGGGCUGGCAAGAGGCCAGCUUCCUCUGCGGCCAGGUGGUGCUGUAGUUAAAGGGCAGGGUGGAGGGCGCAGGAUGGCUGGGAGUGGCCAAGGACAUCUGGAGGCUUGGUUUGCCCAAGUGUGAGGUCUCCCAUGCCCCUCUCUCCAGCAUCUGAGGGUCCCUGAGGAGCAUGGCUGGCAAUCACGAGGCCGUGGCCAUGGACUGUGAGAUGGUGGGGCUGGGGCCCCUCCAGGAGAGCGGCCUGGCUCGUUGCAGCAUCGUGAACUUCUACGGUGAAGUGCUCUACGACAAGUUCAUCCGGCCCGAGGGGGACAUCACGGAUUACAGAACCGCGGUCAGCGGGGUCACCCCUCAGCACAUGGCGGGGGCCACACCAUUCACUGUGGCCAGGCAAGAGAUCCUGCAGCUCCUGAAGGGCAAGCUGGUGGUGGGUCAUGACCUGAAGCAUGACUUCAGGGCGCUAAAAGAGGACAUGAGUGGCUAUGCCAUCUACGACACGUCUACCGACAGGCUGCUGCGGGACGAGGCCAGACUGAACUACUGCAGGCGCGUCUCCCUGAAGUUGCUGAGCAAGCGCCUCCUGCGCAGGAACAUCCAGAACAGCCGGCUGGGACACAGCUCCGUGGAAGACGCGAGGGCGACGAUGGAGCUCUACCGCCUCUCCCAGCGAAUUCGGAUUCGGCAUCAGACCGAGGCGCGAUCCGGCCCCUUCCCCAGGGACUAGCGGUUUCAUCUCUUCAGGACAGCAACUCCUUUGUUUUGGAAAAUGUAUCUUUCAUAGUAAAAAUGCUCUAUAUUUUCUCU